AUGAUGCUGGUGACCAACAACCCCUAUGACUAUGCCUUCAUCUCCCAAGGAGAGACCACAGUUCCAUCCAUUGAUGAUGGAGAGGAGCUCCUGGCCACAGAUAGUGCCUUUGAUGUCCUGGGAUUCACUCCAGAGGAGAAGAACUCCAUCUAUAAACUGACAGGAGCCAUCAUGCACUUUGGCAACAUGAAGUUCAAGCAGAAACAACGGGAAGAGCAGGCAGAACCAGAUGGCACAGAAGAGGCAGACAAGUCAGCUUACCUAAUGGGGCUGAACUCAGCUGAUCUUCUCAAGGGGUUGUGCCACCCUCGGGUCAAGGUGGGCAAUGAGUAUGUCACCAAGGGGCAGAAUGUCCAGCAGGAUCAACAAUUCACUGGAGACCAAGCCCAGGAGCAAGACAACCUGGCUGACGCUGAGGAGCGCUGUGACCAGCUGAUCAAGAACAAGAUCCAGCUGGAAGCCAAGGUGAAAGAGAUGACUGAGCGGAUGGAGGAUGAGGAGGAGAUGAAUGCAGAGUUGACAGCAAAGAAAAGGAAGCUGGAGGAUGAAUGCUCAGAGCUGAAGAAAGAUAUUGAUGACCUGGAGUUGUCAUUGGCCAAAGUGGAAAAGGAGAAACACGCCACUGAGAACAAGGUCAAGAACCUCACAGAGGAGAUGGCCGGGCUGGAUGAGAUCAUUGUCAAGUUAACGAAGGAGAAGAAGGCCCUGCAAGAAUCUCAUCAGCAAGCUCUGGAUGACCUGCAGGCAGAGGAAGACAAGGUCAACACCUUGACAAAAGCCAAAGUCAAGCUGGAACAGCAAGUGGAUGAUCUGGAGAGUUCACUGGAGCAAGAGAAGAAGAUCCGGAUGGACCUGGAACGGGCCAAAAGGAAGCUGGAAGGUGACUUGAAGUUGGCUCAGGAGAAUAUCAUGGACUUGGAGAAUGACAAGCAGCAGUUGGAUGAGAGGCUGAAAAAGAAAGACUUUGAGCUCAAUGCCCUCAACGCCAGAAUUGAGGAUGAGCAAGCAGUUGCAGCACAGCUCCAGAAGAAGCUCAAAGAACUUCAGGCGCGGAUUGAGGAGCUGGAGGAGGA